AUGCCUGAAUUCGACAAGAGCGAUGUAGCUCGGAUUGGGCGUAAAAAUCAAGUAUACUCUUCAAUCACUGGCGCAAGAAUUGUUGCAGGAUGUAUAUGUCUUGAUGAGUCCAAGACAAGUGUUUUAAUGAUCCAAUCAUCUGCCCACAAGAAAAAGUGGGUUCUUCCGAAAGGCGGAGUUGAGACCGAUGAACCCGACUUCAAAACCACUGCAAUGCGGGAAACAUGGGAAGAAGCGGGCGUUUUAGGCCGAGUGGUUCAAGAAUUGGGCAUAAUUGAAGAUAUGAGACCUCCUAAGGACUGGAACUUUGAUAUCAAGGCUUUUGUCGAGGCUCCGGACGACGCAGAAGUGAACAAACAUCCUCCAAGGUCCGAAUUCCAUUUUUUCGAAAUGGCUGUUGAGACUCUCGCAGCUGAAUAUCCAGAAGCUCAUAAACGCAACAGGAAAUGGUUCACAUAUCAAGAUGCCAUUGAACAGCUGCAAAUUGCGAAACGGCCAGAACUAAUUGAAGCUCUUAAUCGCUCUAGUAUAAGAAAGAAUUGA